AAAUAAUUCACAUGAACGCCUCAGAUUUUAAGGGACGCCAUGAUACUUGCCGGCUUCCUCUUUCUACUUUUCACUUCAACUGCCGAUGGGGUUUCCUUGGAGGCAAACUGCAGUUAUCAGGAUGUGUUAAAGUAUCUAAACCUGACCAGAAAUAAUGAGCUAUACUCCAUGACGCGACCGGUUAAAAACUACACGCAUCCAACACAGGUCUCUCUGGAAGUUCUGCUCUAUGCCAUCCUAGAUGUGGUUGAAAAAGACCAAAAAUUCAUUCCUUAUGUUUGGACAGUCAUGAGAUGGAAUAAUGACUAUAUUUCCUGGGAUCCAAAUCAAUUUUGUGGUAUUGAUAAUGUCUCGCUUCCUACUGAGAUUUUGUGGAAACCAGAUGUAACUAUUGAAGAAAUGACAGAGAUAGACAAAGCCCCCCCAAGUCCUUAUCUCUCCGUCAACAACAAAGGAGAUGUUGAAGUCCGGAACGACCAGGUGCUGGUGAGCACCUGCAGGAUGCACAUAUUCACUUUCCCCUUUGACAUUCAGAGCUGCAACCUCACCUUCAAGUCUGUCAUACACACAGCCAGGGACAUUCGUCUGCAUGCGAGUGACAACUCCUCAGAGGCCACAGAGUGGUCUCGCGAGUUGAUGCGGACCCAGUAUGAGUGGCUCUUCAUAAAAAUGACGGUGACCACCAACAACGCCAGUAAUGAAGCUGAUCAGGACAUCAUCGUUUACACUAUCACCAUGAAGAGGAGGCCUCUCCUGUACAUCGUCAACUUCCUGCUUCCGGUGCUUUUCUUCCUGUGUCUGGAUUUGGCCUCCUUCAUGAUCUCAGACAGAGGGGGCGAGAAGCUCAGCUUCAAGGUCACCGUGCUGCUGGCCAUCACAGUGUUACAGCUUAUCCUCAACGACAUUCUGCCCUCCUCCUCCAACAGGGUCCCACUUAUUGCGGUUUACUGCAUCGGGAUUUUUUCCCUGAUGAUGAUCAGCCUCCUGGAGACAAUUUUGGUCAUGUAUCUGAUAGAGAAGGACUCUCAAGGCAGCGAGACGGGGAGGGACCAGAGCCCAAGAGACGAAUGUAUGAAUUAUAGUAACGGACCCUUCCAGAGCUGCCACACAGAGGUUCACAAAUGGACUCAGAGUUCGAGCAUCUUCGAAGUGUCUGCAAGUGAAACUCCAUCUGAGCUGCUGUCUUUUUCCAGAGAGGGGAACAGCAGCAAACCCAUUGAGGACCAAACCUUCGAGAGGCUGUCAGACGAGCUAAAGAAGAUUAAGAAAACCUUAUCCCGGCUUCACAACACUCAGAACGGAGAGGAGAGACUUGGAUAUUGGACCAAAGUGGCCAAAAGAGUCAACAAAUAUUUUUUGAUUUUCUAUGUGACGGUGUCCAUUUCGUUCUUGCUUGCAAUCUACUUAAAUGCAGUGAACAUUUCAGAUCACUGCAGUUUUCAGGAUGUUUUAAGGCACCUGAAUCUGUCCAAAAACAGUGACUUGUACUCCUUGACCCGGCCUGUUCAGCACCACAGUCAUUCUACAUGGCUUUUCCUCGACAUGAAGAUCUAUGCUAUUCUGGAUAGGGAGAUUGAUCAGACUUUAAUUUCUUACAUUUGGAUUUAUUUGAGAUGGGAUAACGAGCACAUCUGGUGGUAUCCAGACGACUUCUGUGGACUUGAUCACAUAUUAGUUCCAGCAAAAUAUUUGUGGAUGCCUGAUCUGACGAUUGAAGAGAUGACAGAGCAGGACAAAGCGUCUCCAAGUCCAUAUCUAAACAUUAAGAGUCAUGGCUGGGUUGAAUAUAGAAAUGACCAGGUGGUCACCAGCACCUGCAAAAUGCAUGUUUACAGAUUCCCAUUUGACAUGCAGAGCUGUAACAUCUCCUUUAGGUCUAUCAUGUACUCAGAUGAAGAACUACAGCUAUUUUACAAAAAUAACGAUUCAGUUAUCACAGAGUGGACUCGGGAAACGAUGCAAACUCAGUACGAGUGGCUGUUCGUCAGCAUGUCAGUGACAAACAAAACUGUCAACCAGUUCGACUUCAAGCAAGCAAUGGUUGUUUACACAAUCAACAUGAAGAGAAGGUCUGUCCUCUACGUGGCCAACUUCUUGCUGCCGGUUCUCUUCUUUUUGUGUCUGGACUUGGCCUCCAUCCUGUUGUCGGACAGCGGGGGGGAGAAGGUUGGCUUCAAAGUGACUGUGCUGCUUGCAGUCACAGUGAUGCAGCUGCUUCUCAAUGAAAUCCUUCCCUGUUCCUCAGAUAAGAUUCCCCUUAUUGCUGUCUUCUGCAUUGGGACUUUCACCCUGAUGCUCUGCAGUCUCCUGGAGACGAUUUUGGUGAUGUAUCUGAUUGAAAAAGAUGCAACAUCGCAGGAUAAUGAGCCAAACAGAAAUCCAAACCUGAAUGAAGCUAAAGAGGAGGAACAGGUUGAGUUCAGUGGCUGUUUCAGAGAUCCUAACCUGUCCACUAACCUGCUUCUGCAGGGAGGCAGCAGCCAACUGGCAGAGAUGUCCCUUUCACUGGAAAAGCUCUCAGAGGAACUGGGAGAGAUAAAGAAAACAGUGACCCUUCUGAGCAGCAGGAGCGAAGAUAAGACAUGUGGAUACUGGACAAGAGUAGCUGAAAAAAUCAACUUCACGUUCACGGUCUCGUACAUCACCGCAACCGUUCUGUUUUUAACUUAUAUAUUUACAGAAUGGUACCUUGGAGGUGGGAUGGCGUCUGAUAAAGUGUGUAGUUAUCAUGAUGUCUUAAACUACUUGAACUUGACCAAAGCCAACGAGCUCUUCUCCAUCACCCGGCCUGUUAAAGACUACAAAAAGCCCACAGAGGUGUUCCUGGAGGUUCUGCUCUAUGCUAUUCUAGAUGUGGUAUGGCAGAAUGAUUAUAUUAACUGGAAUCCCAGUGAUUUUUGUGGAAUUGAGAGCAUCACUCUUCCCACUGAAAUUUUGUGGAAACCAGAUCUGACCAUAGAGGAAAUGACAGAAAAAGACAAAGCGCCUCCAAGUCCUUAUCUCACUAUUGACAACACGGGUAAAGUCUACGUCCAGAAUGACCAGGUCCUUGUCAGCACCUGCAGGAUGCAGGUUUAUAAGUUCCCAUUUGAUGUUCAGAGCUGCACUCUUUCUUUCAAAUCUGUCAUUCACUCAGUUGACGACAUAAGGCUUUUCCACAACUUGAACUCUUCAGUGACUGCAGAGUGGUCGCGUGAGCUGAUGCGGACUCAGUAUGAAUGGUUGUUUGUCGACAUGACCGUCACCAACAAAACCGUUUCUCCAUUUGGAUCUGAGCAAGACACAAUUAUUUAUACAAUCUCCAUGAAAAGGAGGUCUGUGCUCUACAUCGUGAACUUCCUGGUGCCUGUCCUCUUCUUUCUGUGUCUGGACCUCACUUCCUUCAUGAUCUCAGACAGAGGCGGCGAGAAGCUGAGCUUCAAAGUCACCGUGCUGCUUGCCGUCACUGUGAUGCAACUUAUCCUCAAUGAGAUUCUGCCGUCUUCGUCAGACAGGACCCCACUCAUCGCUAUCUACUGCAUUGGGAUUUUUGCUCUGAUGAUGCUCAGCUUGCUGGAGACGAUUCUGGUGAUGUAUCUGAUGGAGAAGGACUCUGCAUCCCAAGACGAGACAGACGAAAACCAAAGCGUGGGAGAGCACAGUGAUGAAAGCCAAGGCAGAGCAAUAAACCUUCCCUGCUGCGAGGGUGAGGAGAAAAAAUGGACUCAAUGUGCGUGCAUCUGUGGUGCAUCUGCUGAAAGAACACCAGCUGAGCCGCUGCAGGAUAUCAUCGGCCAACUGACAUUGGAUUCAGAUGAAAAGCUCCCGUAUGAGCUGAGGGAGGUGGUGAGGUUACUAACUCUGCUCCUCCAAAGCAGCAAGAAUGAAGGGAAGCCCGGCUACUGGACCAAAAAGAUUAAAACCAUCAACAGAGUUUAUUUUGUAUUUUAUGUUACGGCAGCCACUUUGUUCUUAGUGUGUAUGUUUUCUAUCUGGGUUAAUGGUGAAGAACAAAGCUGCACCCAUGACUGAGAUGCUCUUCCAGGAAAGCUAAAACUGGGCUGGUUUAAUGCA